AUGAAGCCGAUUAAUUUCUUUGUCGCGUUGCUUUUCUGGCAAACUGUUUGCUGCAAUUACUGCCAGCUGUCCAAUAUCACAAUAGCACUGGAGAAGGAAGAGUGUGGUUUCUGCAUCAGCGUGAACACAACAUGGUGCUCUGGCUACUGCUUAACAAAGGUGAGGAGCCAACAGGUUAAUAAGUAUAUGCAUUUGUAUGAUUUGUUCACAUGAAGAUAACGUGUACAUUUAAGGACUUCUUCUGCAUCAGAUUGCAUUGAAUGGGUUGUUGACUUCUAUAUUCUCAGUGAACAUAGCUUAUGUUCAAGGCAGUAAGCACUUUAUUGUUUGCUCAAAGAAGAAAUUCUGCACACAAAGGAAUUUGUUCCAGUUUAUAUGGUUUCCUAUUUUGUUAUAGAGCAAAGUCACCCACUUGAUACAGAACUAGGACAGCUAGUCUUGUAACAAAUGUUUCAGAUUUGAUAGGUCUUAAAAUAGGAAUUGAUUUUAGUUUAACAAGCUGUCCAAAGAUCACUGAAGUCAGGGAAGAACAUAAUCAAUCACCUUAAUUUGGGUUUUGGUAGGGUUUUUCAAAAUCAAAGAAAGUCAUGGUUAGACACUGCUAAAAGGCCGUUGGUGGGAUGUGGAUUUAACAUUCAGACUCUCUUUUUUAUGUCAUGAUUAGGAUCUAAUUGAUCAGAACCUAGCAAUGAGAUAUGUCCAGAACAUCUGCACAUUCAAGUCAGUUGUGUAUGAGACUAUCAAGAUCCCAGGCUGUGCUGGUCACGAAGAAUCAUUUUAUUCCUACCCAGUGGCAACAGAAUGUCACUGCGGAACCUGCAACACUGACGUCACCGACUGCACCCGGAGAGGCUUGGACCCAAAUUAUUGUUCGUAUGAUAAAUAUGAGAUCAGCGAGUGA